CUGCCCUCGGCCGCUUCGCCAUGGCGGGCCCGGGCCGGGGCGCGGCGCUGGAGUCCCCGCGGCUGCUGCUGGGCCGCGUACGCCUGCUGGUGGAGGCGGCGCAGAGUCUCCGCACCGGGAGGCCGCUGCCGGCGGCGCUGGCUUUCGUCCCGCGCGAAGUGCUCUACAAGCUUUACAAGGACCCGGCGGGCCCGUCGCGCGUGCUGCUCCCGGUGUGGGAAGCGGAGGGCCUGGGGCUGCGUGUGGGUGCCACCGGGCCGGCCGCCGGUACCGGCUACGGGCCCCUCCGCGCGGCCCGCGACAGCAUCGAGCUCCGGCGCGGGGCCUGCGUGCGCACCACGGGCGAGGAGCUGUGCAACGGACACGGGCUCUGGGUGAAACUGACCAAGGAGCAGCUGGCCGAACACCUGGGCGACUGCGGGCUGGACGAGGGCUGGCUGCUGGUGUGCCGCCCGGCCGAGGGCGGGGCCCGCCUCGUGCCCAUCGACACCCCGGACCACCUCCAGCGGCAGCAGCAGCUCUUCGGCGUGGACUACCGCAGGGUGCUCAGAUGGGAGCAGGUGGUGGACCUGACAUACUCGCAUCGCCUCGGGUCGAAGCCUCAGCCAGCAGCGGCGUACACGGAAGCUGUCCAAAGGCUACUCUAUGUGCCUCCGACAUGGACCUACGAGUGCGACGAAGACCUGAUCCACUUCUUGUACGACCACGUGGGCAGGGAGGAUGAGAACCUGGGUAGUGUGAAGCAGUAUGUGGAGAGCAUAGAUGUUUCCUCAUAUACGGAGGAGUUCAAUGUGUCCUGCUUGACAGAUAGCAAUGCAGACACCUACUGGGAGAGCGAUGGAUCCCAGUGCCAGCACUGGGUACGGCUUACCAUGAAGAAGGGCACCAUUGUCAAGAAGCUACUACUCACGGUGGAUACCACAGAUGACAACUUUAUGCCUAAGCGAGUGGUGGUCUAUGGGGGUGAAGGGGACAAUCUGAAGAAGCUGAGUGACGUGAGCAUUGACGAGACGCUGAUCGGGGAUGUCUGUGUCCUAGACGACAUGACGGUCCACCUGCCAAUCAUCGAGAUCCGCAUCGUGGAGUGCCGAGAUGAUGGGAUUGAUGUGCGUCUUCGAGGCGUCAAAAUCAAGUCAUCUAGAGCGCGGGAACUGGGAUUGAAUGCAGACUUGUUUCAGCCAACCAGCCUGGUGCGAUACCCACGCCUGGAAGGCACUGACCCCGAAGUACUGUACCGCAGAGCUGUUCUCCUGCAGAGAUUCAUAAAGAUUCUAGACAGCGUCCUGCACCACCUGGUACCUGCUUGGGACCACACACUGGGCACCUUCAAUGAGAUUAAGCAAGUGAAGCAGUUCCUGCUGCUGUCACGCCAGCGACCAGGCCUGGUGAUGCAGUGCUUGCGUGACUCAGAGAGCAGCAAGCCUACCUUUAGGCCACUCCUGUACAUCAACCGGCGCCUUGCCAUGGAACACAGAACUUGCCCCUUAAAGGACCCUGCCUGCAAGAACGCAAUCUUCACCCAGGUUUAUGAAGGUCUCAAGCCCUCUGACAAGUAUGAAAAGCCCCUGGACUACAGGUGGCCCAUGCGCUAUGAUCAGUGGUGGGAGUGUAAAUUCAUCGCAGAAGGAAUCAUUGACCAAGGGGGUGGUUUCCGGGAUAGCCUGUCAGACAUGUCAGAGGAGCUGUGCCCCAGCUCGGCAGACACCCCUGUGCCUCUGCCCUUCUUUGUGCGCACAGCUAACCAGGGCAAUGGCACUGGUGAGGCCCGGGACAUGUAUGUCCCCAACCCAUCCUGCCGAGAUUUUGCUAAGUAUGAGUGGAUUGGACAACUGAUGGGCGCUGCCCUUCGGGGUAAGGAGUUCCUGGUCUUGGCUCUGCCUGGUUUUGUGUGGAAGCAGCUCUCUGGUGAGGAGGUGAGCUGGAGCAAGGACUUCCCAGCUGUGGACUCUGUGCUGGUGAAGCUCCUGGAAGUGAUGGAAGGAAUGGACAAGGAGACAUUUGAGUUCAAAUUUGGGAAGGAGUUGACAUUCACCACUGUACUGAGUGACCACCAGAUGGUGGAGCUGAUCCCUGGGGGCGCAGGCAUCGUGGUGGGAUAUGAGGACCGUUUGCGUUUCAUCCAGCUAGUACAGAAGGCACGGCUAGAAGAGAGCAAGGAGCAGGUGGCAGCCAUGCAGGCGGGUCUGCUGAAGGUGGUACCACAGGCUGUGCUGGAUUUGCUGACCUGGCAAGAACUGGAGAAGAAGGUGUGCGGGGACCCAGAGGUCACUGUGGACGCUCUGCGUAAACUCACCCGGUUUGAAGACUUUGAGCAAACUGAUAUACGGGUGCGGUAUUUCUGGGAGGCGCUAAGCAACUUCACCAACGAGGACCGGAGCCGCUUCCUGCGCUUUGUCACAGGCCGCAGUCGUCUGCCAGCACGGAUCUACAUCUACCCUGACAAGCUGGGCUACGAGACCACAGAUGCGCUGCCUGAGUCUUCCACCUGCUCCAGUACCCUCUUCCUACCACACUAUGCCAGUGCCAAGGUGUGUGAGGAAAAGCUCCGCUAUGCGGCAUACAACUGUGUGGCCAUCGACACCGACAUGAGCCCUUGGGAGGACUGAGGUGGUGCUAGCGGGCAGCCACAGGCCAGAGGACCAUGCCUGCAUGAGUUCACCUGACCUUGCCAGAGCAAAGACACUCUUCCUGGACCAGCAGGGGUCUGCACUUCCAACCUAAGCUUCCCUGAGCAGAGAAAGCCAGUGUGCACUGCCCCCGUGUGUAUUUGGAUUAGGGGCGGCGGGUAGACCCAGGUCCAGCCCUGCGCCCACAGUGCUACUAGUGCUGGAGAUUGCUUUCUGAGUUAUUUAAACCUCUGUGAGAGGGAAUUUUCCACAAAUCCAGCGCUAGCUGGCAGUCCUGAGCUAACUUGAAGGGGGCCUCCUAGCUCCCCAGCCCAUAGACUUGGCUUCAAUUUUUUCCAGCUCCUCCUUUUUUCUGCUUGUUUUUUUCUGGCUUCUGCCUGGACUCAAAACUAAAAACUUUGGAGGGUAGUGGAGGCUCCUCCCCAAAGAAGGAACCAGAGAUGAAUAGGAAGUCACCUACCCCAAGGGCAAUGCAACAGCUGAGAACUCCCUUCUUCACAUAUAGUAUUUUCCUCCUCUCUCUCCAAACGCAAGAUGUGAGCUUUCUUUCUCCAACCCAGUCUCAAAGUGGCACCACCUUCCCUGGCUUAGAACCUACAACUACUCAACAUUAAAUCUUACUACGACCACCAACCCAUACUGACUCCCCAUCUACCAUUCCACUCCAGGAAUUUGCAUUUUAAGGCUAAUUACCUGAAAUCUUAAAUAGCUCCCAUUUAUUCAACUCUAAAAUAAAGUCUAGAAUUUAAACUUUCCUUAAGCACAUCUCUGCCCUAGUCCUCCCUCCCUUAACGGCCUCCAUGACACUCCAUCAGAAAUGGUCUUGCACAUGGGAAAAUUGAAUAAAUGGAAGAAUUCAUUCAUUUAGAGUGUGUUUAUUGGGCUUGCGCUGUCCUGCAAGAAUCUUCCAGCUUCCUUCUGUAACUUCUAGGACUUCAGGUCCCUGCUGGGAGUCAAGUAGAUGUGGGUCAAGUAAGAGUGGCUUCUCAGUUACAAACAUUAAAUGUGGAGCUGAGUGAGAAAUAAGGACCCCAUUAUAUAGAAGAGCAGGGAGAAAUAUUACCUGGUAUCUUCUGGGAGAGGUGUGGUGAUCUGGAGAAUGGGAGUCCACCUUUUGGAGCCAAGUAGGUGCAAUAACUUCACAUUUUAGAGGAAAAAAACCUUGAAAUGACCGAUGAUGGGCCUCCCUGGUGGCACAAGGAGUUAAGUCUCAGCACUAUGAAGCUAUCGGCAGCCACUGCAGGAGUUCGAUCCCCAGCCAGGGAGCUGGCCUACAUGGUGCAGCAGACCUCUCCUGUCUCAUCCUCUGCUCCCCUCAGUAGUGUAUUUCAGUCAAUCUGCCUUGUCUGUUCCCCACUCUGUCUCUGGUGAAUCCUCUCAUCCCUACACCUCUGGCCUGUACCCCAGUUCUUGAAUGCGU